GGUUUUAUUGGUUGUGCCUAUGACUAGUUAUUGCUUUGUUCUUUGGGAUUAUGUAUUUGUUUAUUUUAUUACAAAUAUUGUUUGUCAGUCAUUUUACUAGACUGUGCUGUAAUUUCCGCUGGUUGCUCGAAUUAAUUUUUGGUUAUGUUAUGGUGGUUGGAGCUACACAUUCCAUUUUUGGAAGUACUUAGUUUGAGAAGAAAAUGGAAAAAUUAAAUGCUCUGAGUAGUGGCAAUAUUUUAUCGUUGCUUCAGGAAACUAAUGAAGAGGCCUUGAAGACCAACAAGGGCUCCUAUGAGCAGUGGCUGAGGGUCAGAGAUGAACACACCACUUUACUGGGGUUCUUGGAGACCCUCCCGGGGGUGUUGUCGUACGACGUGCUGGUGCCGUUCGGCUGCAGGGCUCUCAUGAGGGGGAAACUGGUGCACACCAAUGAGAUAUUGGUACGUCUUGGGGACGGCUGGUUUGUGAAGUGCAGUGCAAAACAUGCCGCUGACAUCUGCAGUCGGAGAAUCACUUUGUGCAAGGAGAUGCUGGAGAAACUGGAGAAGGAGCGAGAGUUCCUGCUGUCUCGCAAGGAGCUGCCCAUGCAGCAGGAAGCGUUUGGCUCCCGGGAGCAGGCCGAGAUCAUAGAGACCUACUCCGAGGAAGAGGAGGCGGAGUGGAGGGUUCGUCAUAGAGAAAAAGAACGACAGUACAGACAGAAACUAGCGGAAGUGCGUAAAAGAGAGAAGCAGCCCCUGAUAGAAGAGGAAGAUAUUUGGCAACGACUGGAUGAGUUGGAACUUGAGGAAGAACUGCAAGAGGAGUUGGACAGGUUACAUGCUGAAGAUGGUGACUAUGAUGAAGAUGAUGAUGUAGAUUAUGGAGAAGAAGUUGAAACAGUGGAAAAUGUUAAUAAUUCAGACUGCAUAAGUGGAAUACACGGUGGUUCAGGUUUAGAAACAGUUAAUCAUAGUGACAAUGCUUCGGAGACAGAGGUGAAGGAAAGUGGGUGCAGAAGGGUCUCUUUCCCAGACUCGGCAGACGUAGCAGGGGACAAUGGGGAGGUGAAGAGGAGGAAAGUGUCCUUCUCUGACAAACCUAAAGAUAUUGACAGUGAUGAUAGUGAAGAAGACUCGAGGAUUGAAUUUUUUCACACGCUGAGUUCAGGAACUGAACCGUCAGAGCAUUGUGAUUCCAACAUCAUCUCGUGCCCGGCAGAUAUUUUUAAGAGUUAUAGGCGUGUGCAUGGUAAGACUGCAGGUCUCAAAUCCAUUUUGAAGAAAUCGACAAGUUCUCUUGAUGAAGCGACCACUUCAAAUGACCUGGUUUCGCCCAGUGAAGUACCUGUUACUAAUGGUACUGAGGAUGUGUUGGAAGACUCUCUCAUUGAAGCAGAGGUUUUGCCACCUGUGGUUGGCGAAGUGGUGGAGCGGAAGGUACAAGAGCCCCAGCCACCGGCACAGCUGGAGAAGCGCCCGGUCAGUAAAUUCAAAGCUGCACGCCAGUCGUCCAGACGAUGAGGCCCAGCUGAGCUUCCUUGGCCACCGUGCAACGGAUGGCACCUGCGUCAUGUGACUAGUGUUUAUGUGUGCAAAUGUUUGCAAUAUAGCACAUUGGGGAUCGUGGCCGUGCCGUAUUAUCAAACAUUGCUAUAGUUCAGGUGGGAAUACCAAAGAAAAAUCAAUAUACAGUAUAGCGGUAUUAAAAAAAAAAGGGUGAAAAAAAAUUACAGUUCAACAUUACUGUUAUAAAAUUGUCUCUGAUAUCACAUUAAGUUUGUGAUACAGAUCUCUCUUCUUCAAAAAUGUAAACUGCUAGUAAAUAGGAAACAAUGCACUGAAUUGAAAACCAACCACAUGUUGAAAUCUUGAGUGAACAAAAACAAAAUGCCGGCAGCACAGCAAUGCAACCUGGCAGCCAAGGUCAACAGUUGGAAUCAAACCAAAAAAAUCUGAACGCGAAUGGUUUGAUUGGUGUUGAUUACAGAAUGUGCCAAACCAUAGAAUGCCAGAUUAAAGAACCUUCACUGGAGUUUGUUGUUCACCCACUGUGUACCUGGCACCAGUCUUUGACUCUGCCAAUGUUAAUCUAUGCAGAUAUCCUACAUUCUUAUACUCUAGGAGAGUACACAUUAAAGUUAAGUAAAGUUAAAAUUUUUUUGAUAUGUAUAAUUUAACGAACGAGUAGAGGCAAGAUUUUAUGGUUUUAUUGUUUUUAUUUUUAUAAAUACUAUUUUGUAAUACUUACUCCACUAAAAUAGUGUAUUUGCAAGCUGUAUUUUUAUGACAUGAUAAUUUAUAAUAAAUUGGUCUACAACAUAUACAUUCAGAACAAUAAAAAUAAAUUGUCAAACAUUUGUGAUUUAAAGGUGUUUCAAUAAGAGAUUCACAAUAAAAUAGAUUAAAUUAAUUUUUCUGAUUUUUAGCCAGAAAUAAUAACGACAUUCCUUAAAUAUCAUACAUUAAGUUUUUUUUUCUUGUGAUUUGAAUUAAGUUUUGGUUAAAUGCUGCUUAAUUACAUUAUAUAACUUGCAUUUCAGUGUUAUGCGGUGUUAUCACAAUUCACCAUGGAGUCUUGUCCCUAUUAAUGAGAUUUGGGUACAUAGUAUUGCUCUUUGGUCUGAAAAUAUGAACACACAUUUUUGAAGUCUUAACCACUGAUGUGUAAAUGAUUCUCAUUGUUCAUAAAAUAUGCAAUGAUGAUAGAGACUAGAACACAGCCUAUCUGGUCCAAAUUGCGAUAAAACUGACGGUAGGCAUUACAAAUGAAAAAACACUUGGAAGAUCCUUGGAUAGAAACUUUUGCAGAAAAAUGCUGUAACUAGCCAUAGCCAUCAGGAAGUAAAAUGAUGAAAAACCACAAUCAAUUGAAUUGAAACACUUAAAACUGGGAGAGUUAAUAAACCAAAUAAAUUAUUAAAUAAUUGCAAAACAUGAUUAAAAACUGUAAUAAAAAUAAAACAAAUUGUGCAAGUAGAACCAAUACGUACAAAGCUCUUAAUUGCUAUUUUUUAUUUUUAAAAAAAUCUUAAGCUGUCUUUAAAAUUUUUUUAACUUUAGUUCUACAUCUUGUUAGCUAGAGCUUUAAAGAAUUAUCCUGCAGAUUCUAAGAAUCCAACUAAUUAUUAUUUUGUAUAAACUUAUUGAAGGUUUUGUUAUAUAUUCAUUAUAUUACAGUUUAUAAUUUUCUUAACCAUUAAAAAUUUGCUGUUGUUUUUUUUUUUUACAGCAUUGUCAUUCUACUUACUGAUUUUGCACAUAGAUGACUGUUUGAUGUAUAUGGCAAUUUUUUUUUAAAUUCUGUUAAAACAGUGUUUUAUGAAAAUAAAGGUUAUUUUUUCGAUACCAGAAA